CUAUUUUCUCCGGCGUCCGUGGCAACCAGUAUACAAUAACAAUUAACAGCCGAUUGCUUAAUAGACCGUUUUGAAAAGCUGAAGUCCGACGAUAUAUUUCCGUUCUAUUAAAAGAUGCUUCAGCCCGGUGCACCAGGAGGACCACCACCCCAACAAUGGAAUCCUGGAAUGGGAGGACCACCUCCUGACUUUAGGCAAGGGCAGGGUCCCCCAAUGGGAGGAGACCCAAAUAUGCCACCCCCUGGGAUGGGUCCGCCACCCCCAAUGCCGGGUAUGCCAGCAUUCCAGGGGUACCAGGGUGUUGGAGGAUUUGGAAUGAUGGCCCCAAUGCCACCUCCGCCACCACCACCUCCUCCACAAGGAGAUCCACCACACAUGCAGUUUGACGAUGUAGCUAACUUGGAUGAGCAGCAAUGUCGUGAAGCCAUGUUUCAGUUCGUCAGUGAAAAUUGUUGCUACAGUAAAGGUCCAGCUCAAGAAAUGCAAAUUAAAGAAAUUAUACCUCAUAAUGCGCUGCAUUACACACUGGAGACAUUUUGUGAAGAAAGACAAACAGGUUUUGUAUCUGUACCAUAUCGCGGUGGGAUGAUUGACGGCCCGGAAAACGGUAUACCACCACCACCAUUCGCCAUACCGUGCAAUCCUGACAAUGUUUUCCAUGACCAUGUCAAAUUGGUAGAAGUGCCCCAUACAGCUACUGUCAGGCCAUGUAAUGUUUGUGACGCUAGGGGUUAUUUGAGAUGUCAUCGAUGUCACGGCUGGGGUCAAACAAGAUGCCACCAUUGUGGUGGUGACGGUCACGUGACACGACAUGACCCUGAACACGGUCCUGUUAGUGACAUGUGUUUUGUUUGUCAUGGUGACGGCAAUGUCAGGUGUAAUACGUGUGGUGGUGAUGGAAGAAUAACUUGCAAGACGUGUGAUGGUUUCUCAAACUUAAAAUGUUUCAUACAGAUGAAAGUUGUAUACACGAAUCAUAAAGGUGAUCAUAUUAUAGAGAAGACAGAUUUACCUGAUGAGUUAAUUAGAGAAGUUCAGGGAUCUCUAGUGUUUGAACAAGUCAUGUUACCGGUGUGGCCAAUAUCGUGUUAUCCUCUAGACGAAAUUAACCAGUGCUCUAUCAAUCUAUGUAAUCAACACAGAACGGGUUUUCCAAAAGAGAAAUAUAUUAAUCAGCGUCAGCAGCUACGAGCCGUGCCGGUAACGGAGGUACACUAUACCUGGGAUGAUGGUAACUAUAGAUACUGGGUAUACGGUAAAGAGAGGAAAGUGUACUGCCCUGAUUACCCCAAACAAUGUUGUUGUACUAUAUUAUAGAAUAAAAAUUACUGGGUACUGCUGUUGAACCGUACUGUGCUAUAAAAAGUUUU